GUUUGAACCAACUUCGAACGCCACAAUGUACGGCUUGGAUAUUUGAACGUGCUUGCGCUCAGCCACAAUUUCGACAUCAACUUGGACAAUACGGAAUAGUGUCCAUUCUAUUGUCGCAUUUGAACGUCCACGUCAUUGUCAAGACCAAUACAAAAUUUCCUCGAUCGUUUUUGCGUGCUGCUUCUGGCAUCUUCGUUAAAUACACUGCCAUCAACACGAAACUUGCCCAGCCAAGUGCCUCGUCACCAUCUCCUCGACACACAUUUAGAGGCUACGCGAUGUCCGAAUUCUGGAAAUCCACACCCAAAUAUUGGUGCAAACACUGCGGUGUCUACGUGCGCGACACCAAGCUCGAGCGCACCAACCAUGAGGCAACCGGCAAGCACCAGAGCGCCCUCAAGCGCUUCCUGCGUGAUCUGCAUCGCGGCCACGAAAACGAAGAGCGCGACAAGGACCGGGCGAAGCGCGAGAUCGAGCGGUUGAAUGGCCUGGUCGGCUCGAGCAGCGGCGCCGCUGGGAGCGCAGGCAGCGUCAGUAGCAAUGCACCAACAGCAGGAAGAAUAGCACCGAAAGCUGCUUCAGGAGACGUCACUGCUCAGCGCCAGAAACAGUGGGCGCAAUUGGCCCUGAUGGGUGUUGACGUUCCGACGGAACUGCGCCCGGACAUGGCCAUGGCGGGCGAGUGGACAGUCACAAACACGAAGGUUAUCGAUACUACCCCGAAGACGGAAGCCGACGCCAAGCCGGAGGCAAUAGCAAUAGGCGUACGCAAACGCGUGAAACGCGAAGGCGAGGAUGACGAGGACGACGCGAUGCACGGUCUGUCCAAAAGACCAAAGUUGGGUGGAUGGGGACUUGACACGAGGCGUGUGCCUGAUGAGGAGGAAGACUUGGAUUUGCUUCUUGGAAGUUUGGGGCCAGUCAAGAAGCAGGAGUCGGAGCCAGUCAAGAAGGAGAAAGCGGAACUUGCUACCAGUGCUGUCAGUGCUGCCAUCAAGAAGGAGUCUUCAGAAUCCGAGAACACUGGGGAAAAGGCAGUCAAAUUAGAGCCCGGUCUCACAGAUGCGGUCUUAGUCAAGGAGGAGGAGAUCGCAACACCUGAGAUCGAAGUACCGGCUGUCAUAUUCAAGAAGAGAAAACCGAAAAACAUCAGGCAGAAAUGAGCUGCCUGCCAGGGUAGGUGUAAGACUGGUUACUGGCCUAGAUACCAGGUACGUCAUGAAUUAACGCCCUGCUGACAUUUUAUGAAUGUGAAGGAUGGAAUCAAGAACACCUUGUAUCCUGAAAAUUUCAGCGAUGAAUAUGAUUCUCAUCGUCGAAUUUUCAUGAAAUUGUGUCUUUGCUGAGGCGUUCGUCCACAGAUCCUGUUUCAUUCAUGCCAAGUGGGAUGUAACUUGCAACAAUGGGCGGACACGGCCUACUUUGACCGCAGCCGCAUCACGCAUGUUUUCGCAUGGUGACUUGGGCGUUACAUUCCCCAGUCCUGCACCUAAGGCCAAACAACACUCGAGUGAGACAAAAAUAUAUGAAGUCAGAGCCGGUAAUACAUCCCUAAGUAGUUAAGAGUAUGUAUCAACUGUAUGCGUCGAAAU